AUGCAAACCGCUUAUGCCACCACCCACGACUCUACAUAUCUGCCGCAAGACGUGUCAUAUGCGCAACACGUCCGAGUAGGAUCCGUACCUGUCAACCCAGGCCUGGAUGUGCAUGAUGACAAGCGUCGAAAAGGCUCGGCAGUGACCGCCACGAACGACAAGGAACUGCGGGAGAUGCUCGCGAAGAAUGAAGGACGCCCUCUUCGCGAAGUAGCUGUGGAAGUCAUCCAGAAAGAGCGCACGCCCAUGGCCGAGAAGACAAAACAGCUCUUCGCAAUGUUAUGGCUUCGCACCGUAUGCAAACCUGCAAAGACAUCUGUGCCCAGGAAUCGCGUAUACUCCCAGUAUGCAACGCGAUGCGGCACAGAACGAGUUGUUCCUCUCAACCCUGCCUCCUUUGGCAAGCUGGUCCGUGUUAUCUUCCCGGGCAUUCAGACGCGAAGGUUGGGAGUGAGAGGCGAGAGCAAGUAUCACUACGUGGAUCUGGCCUUGGAAGAUGAGCAGGCCAGUGCACCACCCACGUGGCAAGGUGCGAUACAACAGACGGGAAGCCGACAUCGAUCACACUCUGCCAGUACACAACACAUUGACUUCAACAACAUUCCUCGAUUACAGGCCGACACCUCCGCAUUCCCUCCCUCAGAUGCCCACUUCGAUGUGCACGCGACCCUUCCACCGGCACCGCGAGGGCCAGCAUCGAAAGGCCAAUCCUUCCUCUAUCCUGAAGCUCGCGGACUGGAGCCAGGGACUGCCACCGCCCUAUCAUAUACCCAUACGCUUCGGUUUCCCCCGAGCAACCUGCCCAGCUUCACAGAGAAUGAGCCUGUCAGCCUGCCCGCAAUCCAACCAUACCUGCCCCCGCGGACUGAUAUAGACACGGCGGAAGCGCUGGUCGCACUGUACCGCACACACUGCACGUCUCUCAUCGACAGCAUACGCUUCUGCAAAGAAAAACAAUUCUUCCGACUGUACACCUCAUUUCACGGCACGCUCACCGUGCCUGUACAAAAGCUGUUCACGCAUCCCAGCCUGGCUCCUUGGAUCGAGCAAUGUGAUUUGGUCAUGUAUAGAACGAUGGUGCGCUUCGUGGCACGACUGACCUUGCAAGCGGCACCGGUGGUCGUCAUCAACAUUUUAAACAACAUUUCGUCGACACUACAUGCCCACAUUGCCAAAACAUUUGGUGCACAGCCAGGACAUGUACUGGAUGCGAAGCUCAGGCCGGCCACUAUCUUUGCUGGGCUGCUAUACCGCCUGAUCAGGGUGAACCAGUCGGCACAUGCCGCUGCAAACUUGCUGACCAUCGACCAGAACCGAGAGCAGAUGUGGCAAGAGUGGAAUAGCAUGGUGAACGUGAAGCGCGUGAUGGAAGCCGAAUUGCCCGAUUGCGGUUACGAAGAGACGUAUAAGAUCUUGACGACGGAGAUGCGCAGCUUACUCGAACCCCUGCAAGCUCCCGGUUUCCAGGACGACGCGUCUUUCUACAGCUUCGAUGCAGGUGAAGGCGGCUUCGCGCAUUUUCUGCAGAGCCAGACUGCCCCACCAUCGCGCAACGGACCCAAUCAGAUAUCCGCGGAAAAUGUAUUGGAGCGAUGGUCGACAUUCGUGUCUUCACUGCCCACGCGGUUCCCACACGCGCCCGCCCGGACAAUACUACACUGCAUCACCGCAGUCGGCACAGCAGCCAUUCGAGACAUUACCAUCGUAGGCGGCGUGUCAUACAGUCAUUGGUGGGUAUUGAAGAUGUUCGUGGACGAAAUGGCAUUAUGGAAUGCAGAAAUGGGAGGCUUCCUGGAGAUUCAGGGUAAUCACAUGCCUGCGAAUGGCAACAGCAUGUAUCAAUCACCAAUCCUGGAAAGCGGGAUCGAGCGAAGCCACAGUGGGAGUCGGAUGAGCAGCAUGGGCCCCGCUGUCAACACCAAUGGCCACGACCACUCACAACAGUCGCUGUUCAUGCCUGAUCAACAACAGCACCAGCAACAGCAACCGUUUGUACCACAACCGCAUGCUCAGGCGCAUGGGAACCUCGCUUUCCAGCGAACCAAGGUUGGGCAUCGACUGUCGCAAGAGACUGAUCUGGACGACAGCGGAAUUGGCAUGCUUACAGAUGACGAAUUGUCCAAGCUUGGCAUGCCUGGGCUUGUGCCUUGA